GUAAAUGUUUCUCCAAAACCCCACAAUAUCAGUCUUAGCGUGGCGGUAGAUUGGGAAGUUGCUUUGACCACGAGCUAGUGAUACGUCCUGUUAAGGCUAUAAAAUAUCCACUUCUUACAGUGGUUUAGCAUGGAAUACAAGGACAACUGGCAGAUCUAUAAAAUACACAAAGGAUUUUUAAGGAAGGCUACGUUAGUUCAACCGGACAGGCUAGACGUGUGUGGAGUUUGCUGGAACGAAUGUAUAGCUGAAUUAAAAGGAUGGACAGAACUUUGAUGAAGCACCUCAAGUUCAACUCGGAAUAUAUUCACUGAAAUAAAGAUUUGUGGCAUAUUCUCGACUUCUUUUCUCCGGAAUCUGCAGCCCUUUCUCACAGAAGAUUCAGUUCACGUCUUGGUGAAGAAGCACCUCUCACAAGAUAUUUGAUUCACUCUGAUUAACUGAUGUUCUGAUAUUUCGUAACAUACUAAAGGCUAGACUGAGUAGAAAGUCUACAUACGGCAUGGAUUUUCGGAGAUGGUUCAACUUCCAGCAACAAAAUACCUCUUCCUUGGAUUUUCUUUUAUUUAUAUUUGUGCUCAUGAGAGCUAUCUCCUUGACCACCCCUUUACGACUGGUAAUGUUAGACGUUCCGUCGCCAACGGUAGUGGGACAGGAAGUAGAACUUACAUGCAGCUUUGACCUAAAUGGAGACACUUUGUACUCGGUAAAAUGGUACAAGGACGAUGUUGAAUUCUACCGUUUCGUUCCGAAUGACUGGCCUCCUGGACAGUUUCUUCCGCUUAGUGGCGUCAGAGUUGAUCUGUCCAAGUCUAAGGAACAAUCAGUGUACAUUCGAAACGUUGCCUUGGAAACUGCUGGAGUUUACAAGUGCGAGGUGUCAACCGAAGCACCUGUAUUCGACACAGUGUCAGCCAAAAAGGAGAUGAAAGUUUACGUUCUGCCGACGGAAGGCCCCAAAAUUACCGGAAGACAUAUGAAAUAUCGUAUAGGAGAUACGGCUACGGUCAAGUGUACAUCCGCAAAAUCCAAACCCGCAGCCACGCUCAGCUGGUAUAUAAAUGACAAACCGGUGGGGCCAGAGUACGAGACAGUUUAUUCAACCAUCUUACAUGAUGAUGGGCUGGAGGUAUCCUGUCUCAGCUUGCGUUUCCUGAUAAGACAUGACCACUUUACCAAUGGAAACAUGAGGCUAAAGUGUGAGGCUAGCAUACCUAGAGUGCGAUACACGAUGAGUGAUGAGACAUUGGUUUUCAGCGAAUUGCAGCAUGUAUCAAGUAACAGGUACCAAACCAUUACUAACAAUAGCAGUAAAGAUGUGGUAGCUGUUAUAGUUAGUAGUGGUUUGGUACCUGUUAGAGUUAGCGGUGGUGUGAUAGCUGUUAUGGUUAGUAAUGAUGUGGUAGCUGUUAUAGUUAGUAGUGGUGUGGUACUUGUUAUAGAUAAUAGUGGUUUGGUACUUGUUGUAGUUAUUAGUGGUGUGAUACUUGUUAUAGUUAUUACUGGUGUGAUACUUGUUAUAGUUAUUAGUGGUGUGAUACUUGUUAUAGUUAGUAGUGGUUUGGUACCUGUUAUAUUUAGUAGUGGAUUGGUAGCUGUUAUAGUUAGUAGUGGUAUGGUACCUGUUAUUGUUAGUAGUAGUUUGGUACCUGUUAUUGUUAGUAGUGGUUUGGUACCUGUUAUAGUUAGUAGUGGUGUGGUAGCUGUUAUAGAUAGUAGUGGUGUGGUACUUGUUAUAGAUAGUAGUGGAUUGGUAGCUGUUAUAGUUAGUAGUGGUAUGGUACCUGUUAUUGUUAGUAGUAGUUUGGUACCUGUUAUUGUUAGUAGUGGUUUGGUACCUGUUAUAGUUAGUAGUGGUGUGGUAGCUGUUAUAGAUAGUAGUGGUGUGGUACUUGUUAUAGAUAGUAGUGGAGAACAUCUUAAUCGCGGGAAUACCUGUUAUG